CUGCCUUGCGGUACUCACACUUGCAUAUGGCUGGGUACCGUAACCAUUUUGGCUCAAAUUCAUUCCGAACCACAGUAACCAAUUGCAUGUGCAGUCGAAUCUACACCACACCUGACUUCAUUUCUGGUUCAAAUUUUAAGCAUGACAACCAAGAGUACACCCUUGAGCUUCUGCUUAGCGGUUUCAUUUGCCUACAGCACGCAAGUCGCAAAUUCCAUCAAACUGCAGUCGGACUACGCACAGACGCUCGGAUUGCACCAAUCACAAUUCCGCACACAGUCAACCAAAAGUGAUACCUUCGACGGUUGCAGCUAUUUCCAAUUUGGGCCAGAAAGCAGUAGUUCCGCCACGUCUCCACCUGCGUGGUUUGCAGCCACAGUGGGUCCGAGAACAUCAACUUUCCAGUUCACUGUGAGCAUGAGUACAACGGAUAGCGAUGGCGUGUUGUUUGCGAGUGUGUCGAACCAGCAAUAUUCUGUAGAACAAGGGUUUGUGAUAAUGGAAAUCGUGCAAGGUGGAAAGGUCCGUGCAGCAUUGGCGUCGAACACUCCAGUUUGUGGAAUUCAUUCGGUGACCAGUACUGUGCUGGUAAACGAUGGGUUGACGCACACAAUUACGCUCGAUCGACAUACAGCGGUCAGUGAUUCGUUCGACCUUGUGAUCGACGGUAUAACCGAAAGCACGACCGCUUCUGGCUGUAGCAACAUCGAGCUUGACGCAAUGUGGGUUGGUGGACUUCCAGCGAGCCUUUCACCAAGGGCGGGCCUGGGCAGUAGCGAGUCUACCAUGCAAACAGCCGUGACGUCCACAAGUAAUUUCGCUGGCGUCAUUUACAGUGUCACCUACGCUUCCCCACGGACAGCUGCCGCAACGGACAUUCUCCCGACGACGUCCAGUAUCGUGUCAGUCGGAAAUGGAUGCACGAUAGAAUCGGUUUCAACAGCCAGCCCGACGCCCAGCCCCACGGCGUCGACGCCGAGCCCAGGGGUGGCUGCCACCGGCGACCCCCACCUUCAAAACGUUCUUGGCCAGCGGUUCGAUCUGAUGAAGUCGGGCAAGCAUGUUCUGAUAAACAUCCCUCGUGGCAGGAGCGCACAAGACGCAUUGUUGUGGGUGCAGGCUGAUGCGAUCCGACUGGGUGGACAUUGCGCGGACAUGUAUUUUCAAUCAUUGAACGUUACUGGAUCUUGGGCAGAGGCCAAACAAGCUGGAGGAUUUCAUUACAGCGUAUCGCAACUUGAUGUGGGAUCUCCGCAAUGGGUUGCCUUUGGUAAGCUUGAGUUGAAAGUCGUUUGUGGACGUACGGAGAGUGGCCUCCUUUAUUUAAAUUUGCACGUGAAGCAUUUAGGUCGAACAGGGUUUGCUAUCGGAGGACUGCUGGGGGAAGACGACCACAAGGACGUAAUGACCCCUCCAGCGUCUUGUACGAAGCGUACGUUUCUGACAGCAGACCGGCUGAGCAGAGCCGACGCUGUGGCGUCGCUGGCCUAACAGGCGUUAGACCUCUCUUUUUGUUUUCCUUUUGCCCUGUCGGUCAGGUCGUCUCUGAUUCCCCGCGAUUCAGCUGAGAAGAGCUGUGGCUGUGGAAUCGCUGACCUGGCAGGCGAUCCUUGAAAUUCUAGACGCUUCGCGUAACCCCACAAGCCCAUCCAGAGACGAUGCCCAGGG